GCCCGACUUACAAGUGAAGAGACAGCUGCCCCUCAACUCGUUCGCAUGAAGGAGACGAUCGUAUAGAACGGGGCUGGACAUCUGAGCCACGGUGUGUUGAGCAUUGAAACAUUGAUAAAGAGUGUGCUUUAUGAUCAAUCUUCAUUUCUUUUACUGUGUCUGCUUUGGCGUCUUCACCAUCAGCAUGCCGGCUGGUCUAAAGAAUCCGUUCUCCCGCAAGUCCACACCGAGCGAGCCUUCGAAAGAUGUGGAUGUCGAUAUCAUAUCAAGUUGUUUGACUGGGCUCAGCGUACAAAAAGAGAAGCACCUUGACGAUGACUUGCUUGAGUCGAACCUCUUGAGACAAGACCCUCAUCUAUGGGCUGCUAAAGCGGUUCUGAUGAAUCUCCUGCUGCAGACUAUGCAGCAACAGAGACUUAGUCCAGUGACUGUGAACCCAGAGUCUAUUCUUAACCAACUGGUCGUGGCAUACCAAGGAAAUGGCAGCGGCCAAUCUGGAACAAAGGUCGCGUUCGUCAACUCUGCAUUAUACAAAGCCUUCCCAUCUCCACGCGACGUCGACGAUGAUCUUACAGCGCAGCUUGCAGCAAUGCUAACAGACAUCUGUGGAACUGAAAGUCGUGAUCAGAUUCCUGAGUUACACGCAGUCUCCUCGCAGAACUUGGACGUGUUCUCAACCCAAUCGACAAACCAAAGCUCAAAGUCCAGCUUCUAUCAACCAUCUCAAAGCGUCAAAGUGGCGGCGUCCAGUAAGAUGCCGCCCUCGACGCCCGAAAUGAACGUCGUAUGGGCCCACGAAGCGUAUCGAACGACUGACGGAAGCGUCUUUUCGGCUGGUAGCGUUUCUGCAUUUUCAGGGUACAACACGCCUUCUCGAGGACCACCACCAUCAGCACAGAGCAACGCUGCAGAACUAAGGACCAUGUCGACGCCUUCAAGUCAGCCUCUUGUGAAUAGUUUUCCCUCGAACCAAAGCUCGCCUUCUCCUUCCUACCCGUCUCCAGGCGUCAAAGACAGUCCAUCACCGGUCACAUAUCCAGGUUUACAUAACAGCUCUACCUCAGCUAGUAGAUCUCCCCCAGCAACCGGUAGCAUCAAUAGUGGAAGCCCGCUUUGUCUCUGGUGUGAGCGCAAGACAAUCAGAAGACCAACCCAGUCCAAUGCCAAUGGAAAUGCGGGCAGGUUCCACUUCAAGUGCAGCAAUCCGGAUUGCAUGAAAUGGAUGGGGUGGUCUGAAAGAGACGCCGGUCAAGAUCAGGGGAAUAUCUGUCGAUGUGGUCAUCAGGCACGCGGGCAGAUCGCUCCCCACGACUCGGUCAAUGCUGGAACUUUUCGUUACAUAUGUAAAAAGGGGCCAUCGCCUAGGGGAUGUGGGUUUGAAUCUUAUCCCUGAUGGAGGCAUGAAGGUAAUGCAUCUGAUAUAGCCUGGGGAGUUACGAUGUGCCUGC